CCAAAGAAGAAAACUCAACUGCAUAUUGUCUGCAAGUAAUUGCUUGCUGUCUUUCAUGAUCUUUUGCUUGUACAUACUGUUGUUGUGUUCCUGUCGUGUGGAUUGCUAUGCUAAAGACACCUUAAAGCAUGGCGAGUGGAUAACUUUAAAGCAUGGAGAAACGCUCGUCUCCAGUGGAGGACGGUUUGAACUGGGAUUCUUUAACACUACGGGAAGCGCUAGCAACAAAAGCUAUGUCGGGAUAUGGUAUCACGAAUGGGAUCAAAAAACAUUUGUAUGGGUUGCCAACAGAGACAAACCAGUACUUAACGGUUCCACGGGAGUUUCUUUUGGAAUUGCAGAAGAUGGCAAUCUUAAGGUAUGGGAUAAUACUACUGGAGACGUUUAUUGGAAUACAAGUGUUGAGAUUUCUUCGUCUGCAAAUCGAACUGUGAAGCUCAUGGAUUCUGGAAACCUGGUCUUAAGCGAUGAUGGUGAUGAUCAGUUGGCGACGAGUCGGUGGGAGAGCUUCCAAAAUCCAACUGAUACAUUUUUUCCAGGUAUGAAGAUGAAUGAAAGCCUGACGUUGACUUCAUGGGCAGGUGAUGUUGACCCGGGAAGUGGGGGGUUCACGUUUAAGCAAUACAAAGAAGAAUCAGGCCACUACGUAAUCACAAAAAGGCUUGGACGACUCGAUUAUUGGAGAAGUUGGAUGUCAGGCAAGUUGUCGAGCACAGAUGAAUUAAUGCCCUAUGCCAUAGCCUACUUGUUAUCAAAUUUCAGCAAGAGCCUAAACCAGACCAAAUACCCACUUCCGCCAAAAAGCUCAGCACAACUGCUGCUGGAUUAUAAUUACACAAGGUUAGUGAUGAAUUAUAAUGGGGAAUUACAGUAUCUGAAAUGGGAUGCGGACAAGGGAAAUUGGUCUAUGAUAUGGAGGGAGCCGGAAGACAAUUGUAGCAUUUACAAUGCUUGUGGGAAAUUCGGCAGCUGCAGUAUUAACAAUAGGUUGAAAUGCAAAUGUUUGCCCGGGUUUCAGCCUACCAACCCGGCAAAUUGGGAUUCUGGAGAUUUUUUGGGUGGGUGCAAUAGAAAUUCGACAUCAUCUGACAACAGCGACAUGUUCUUGAACUUAAAGAUGAUGAAAGUGAACAACCCAGACUCUCGUAUCUAUGAUGCAAACAAUGAAACAGAAUGCAGAAAGCAGUGCCUUAACUCCAGCCUGUAUCAAGCUUAUUCAUUAACCGACAUCUGCUGGAUUUGGACUGAGAAUCUAAGUAAUCUUCAAGAGGAGUACACAAACGGUGGUCGUAACCUCUCUGUCCGCGUGGCAAAAUCUGUUAUAGAAUCUUCGGUUAGGAAUUGUGAGCCUUGUGGCACAAACUUGAUCCCCUAUCCGCUGAGCACCGGACUAAAUUGCGGCGACGGCAUGUACUUCUAUUUUGAUUGUAACAGUUCCACAGGCCAGGUUAGCUUCAAGGCUCCCAAUGGCACCUAUCGAGUAGCCAGUAUCGAUCCAAGUACACGAACAUUUGUCAUCCAAGUCAAACAAGUAGGAUAUGAUAGAAAUUCAAGUGCAACUCAACUUCUCAAUGACUCAUUGCCGUUUAUUAAGAGCACGAGGUAUAUCCCUGAAUCUGGCAACUUUAGUUCUGGCGUUGAAGCUGAAGUAGAGAUUAGUUGGAAGACCGCAAACGAGCCAAGCUGUACUUCAUCCAGAGACUGCAAGGACUGGCCAAAUUCAACUUGCAAUAGAGGAACAGAUGGAAAGAAGAGGUGCCUUUGCAAUGGAAGCUUCCAAUGGGAUGGCUCAAAUUUAAAUUGUACUAAAGCAGGUGAUUAUCCUCAGACUUCAAAAGAGCAUUCAAAAGGAAAGAUGUCGACGUUGACUCUAAUUGUUUUGAUUUCUCUAAUAGAAGUGUUUGUUCUCGCAAGUGCAACAAUUGUAUGUAUAUAUUUGUGGAGAAGAAAGAUAGCUAGGAGACAAGACAACAGAAGAAGUAAUGAAAGAAAUCGAGUACUUCGCACAUUAGAUAGUGAAAGACAUCUGAAUGACUUAAUGGGCUCGGGUGAGUUCAGCGAAGAAGAUGAGAGAGGCAUAGAUGUACCCUUUUUUGAUUUGGAAGGCAUUCUAGCAGCUACAGAUAGCUUCUCAGAUGCAAACAAGCUCGGAGAGGGGGGCUAUGGGCCUGUUUACAAGGGCUUAUUUCCAGGAAGUCAAGAAAUUGCGGUAAAAAGGCUCUCAAAUGUCUCAAGACAAGGCUUACAAGAAUUUAAAAAUGAAGUGGUGUUGAUUGCAAAACUUCAACAUAGAAAUCUUGUUAGACUUCGGGGAUAUUGCAUAAAUGGAGAUGAAAAGAUUUUACUCUAUGAGUACAUGCCCAAUAAAAGUUUAGACUCAUUUAUAUUUGAUCAAAAGCGAAGCAUGUGUUUGGAUUGGGAAAUGCGCGUCAACAUCAUUUUGGGAAUUGCUCGUGGGCUUCUUUAUCUUCACCACGACUCUAGAUUGAGGAUCAUUCAUAGAGAUUUGAAAACCAGCAACAUUCUUUUAGAUGAUGAGAUGAACCCCAAAAUAUCUGACUUUGGCUUGGCAAGGAUUAUUGGAGGGAAAGAAACAGGGGCAAAUACAACUAGAGUAGUUGGAACAUAUGGUUAUAUGUCUCCGGAGUAUGCAUUAGAUGGACUUUUCUCAAUUAAAUCUGAUGUUUUUAGCUUUGGUGUAAUUCUACUUGAGAUUAUUAGUGGAAAAAAGAAUACAGGAUUUUAUGAGUCAGAACUAGCCAUGAGCCUUAUAGGCUAUGCAUGGAGAUUAUGGGGUGAAAUGAAGGUGUUAGAUUUAAUGGACCCGACUCUACAUGAAGUUUCCAAUGCAGAUCAGUUUGUGAAGUGCGUGAAUGUUGGACUCUUAUGCGUACAAGAAGACCCAAAAAACCGACCCACCAUGUCAAAUGUUAUUACCAUGCUUGGCAGUGAAGUUGCAACAAUUCCAACUCCAAAACAGCCGGCAUUUGUUUCAUGGAGAGGCCUUUCUAGCAAAGCUACUUCUUCUAGUAAACCUGAUACAUGUACGGAAUUAACAAGUAGUACUGUGGAAGAAACAUGA